AAAGUUUUGCAAAGCAGGCAUCCCAGCUCAACGCUGAGCAGAAGUUGGGGGCGCUCUUCUAAAGUUUACGGUAAAACCUCUGAAGCGGAGCUCGCGGGCGGGGCUGAGGGCGGGGCGAGCGAGGCGAUGGUGCUGUGGUGGACCUGGGGCUUGUGGCGCGCGGCUCUGGCCCAGCCCGGCGCGGGCAGCCUCUCGGCGGGGAUUCGCGGGGCUUCGGGCGCCUCGGGCCCCUACGCCGCUGCGGGAGAGCUACGGGGAGAGCCGGACAGAUACGGGGGCAUCUCGGUGCGGCUCGGCGCGCUGGAACGCCUGGACGCCGCCGUGUUCCAGAGGCGCUUGGAGGCUGCAAUACAGCAAUGGCGAUCAGAAGGUAGAGUAGCUGUAUGGCUCCACAUUCCCAUCCUCCAAAGCCAGUGUAUUGCUCCUGCUGCUUCUCUUGGCUUCUGCUUUCACCACGCAGAAUCAUAUUCAUCAACUCUGGCUCUGUGGCUGGGAGAAGGGCCCAGCAGAUUACCAGGAUAUGCUACGCAUCAAGUAGGAGUUGCAGGAGCUGUAUUUGAUGAAAGUACUAGAAAAAUAUUGGUUGUACAAGAUCGAAAUAAAUUGAAAAAUAUGUGGAAGUUUCCAGGAGGCUUGUCAGAGCCUGGAGAGGAUAUUGGAGACACAGCAGUUCGAGAAGUUUUUGAAGAGACUGGUAUAAAAUCAGAAUUCAGGUCCCUCCUGAGUAUUCGACAACAGCACACCAAUCCAGGAGCUUUUGGGAAGUCAGAUAUGUAUAUCAUCUGUCGCCUCAAGCCAUGUUCAUUCACCAUAAAUUUUUGCCAGCAUGAAUGCUUAAGAUGUGAAUGGAUGGAUCUCAAUGACCUAGUCAAGACUGAAAACACAACUCCCAUCACCAGCAGAGUGGCUAGCCUGCUGCUGUAUGGAUACAGAGAAGGGUUUGACAAGAUUGACCUCACCAUGGAAGAACUUCCAGCAGUUUACACGGGCCUGUUCUAUAAACUGUAUCACAAGGAAUUGCCAGAAAAUUACAAAAUUAUGACAGGAAUGGAUUAAAUUCACAUUUACAUGUUUUAAAGUCAACUGUCCAUGUAGAUUAAUUAUGCUAUAAGAUAUGGUGAACAAUUGGGAUUGAUUAAAUAUCUGAUGCUGAUUUUUCUAAUGAUUUUUCAUGAUGAAAAACUAAAUAUAUCCACUUUAAAAUCUUCUUUUCAAAUAAAGCAAAUAUGUGAAAAAGAUA